AUUUCAAAUUCGGAUUCUUUUCCUUCCCGUUAACUCAGCGCAACAGACCUUUUUUAGCUAUGAUUUCAAUAAUGACUAUAAUUCGCGUAUUUUAUGUUCAAGCAUUGAUGAAGAGGUAAAAAGUGUAUGUUUAUCGGUCAUUGAUACGUUUUAAGCAGAAGCUGGAAUUAGACGAAGAAUGACUUUGCAUCUGCUACACGAGUUUCUCAUCGAUCCCAACAGUACCAAGAACAUUUUGACUCACAACAGCUAUGUUCCGGGCGUCAUCGUUGCAGUUUAUGUCUUUUACACGAAGUUCUUCGGACCUGCUAUCAUGAAAUACAAAAAUCCUUACAAUUUGCAGAAAGCAAUGAUCAUAUUCAAUUCACUACUAGUUGUUGGAAACGCAUAUGCAGCUACAACAUUAUUAAUUUGGAGCCUAAAGUACUGGCAUAUACGUUGCGACUUUAAACAGCAAGAAAACUACAAAAUUGCCAUUGAGGAGAGCAUCAAUUACUGUUGGCCUCUGUAUUUGCUGAAGUACGCUGAGCUAAUGGAUACGGUGUUUUUCGUGUUGAGGAAGAAGCACAAACAAAUUUCCUUCCUGCAUGUAUUCCACCACAGUGCAGUGUGCUUAUACUUUUGGAGAAUCAUGAAGAACCGGCAGCCUAGUUUUUACAUGUACAUUGUGCUGACAAUAAAUUCCUUCGUUCACGUGACGAUGUACUUUUACUACGCUCUUGCUGCAGUGGGUCCAAAAGCCAAAAAAUACUUAUGGUGGAAAAAAUACAUCACUACAAUACAGAUAGUCCAGUUUCUGACUAUAAUUGCGUAUAUGGGACACGCACAUCUGACUGGCUGCGAAAUUCUAAGCACCUUGGACGCCUCAAUCAUGGCAAUUGUUCUUGCUCUUACCAUUUUAUUUCUAAACUUCUACAUACAAACAUUUCGGAAAUAAACUUUUUUUCAAUAAAA